GGGGAACGGCCGCCGUGGGGCGCCGGGGUCCCGGGUCGGAGCUGUCCGCCUUGGGCUUGGCCGCCCUCGGCCCGCGUCGGGGCCUGGGUCGGGGUGGCCGUGAGGCGGAGCGAGCCUGGACGCCGCUCUUGAGGUGGGAGGAGAGCCGGAGCUGCCCAUCCGAGGUCCUGUGGCCGUCUUGUUAAGGUUGCUGACCACGGGCCCUCCAGGGCUUAGUGUUCUGCCGGGAGCUCCGUGCAGCGGGGAGUGGCCGAGCCUUUGCCAUGGGACACUGCCGCCUCUGCCACGGCAAGUUCUCCUCGCGGAGUCUCCGGAGCAUCACCGACAGGUCGCCCGGGGAGGGUCCCGAGAGGUCGUGCCCAGGGCAGCGGGUCUUCAUCAGGGACUUCCAGCGCCUGCUCGGAGUGGCCGUGCACCAGGAUCCUGCCCUGAGCGAGUUUGUUUGCAGGAACUGCCAUGCGCAGUUCUACCAGUGCCACAGCCUGCUGGAGUCCUUCCUGCAGAGGGUGAACGUCUCCCCGAUGGGCCAGCAGAAGCUGUGUCCGAAGGUCGGUGCCCAGCCCCCGACAGGCCCGGAAGAGGCAGUGUUUCCAGGGGACCGCAUCACCUCCAGCUCCUGGUGUCUCCACGGCUUGGUCGGGUGGGUGCAUGGGCACGCGGGCAGCUGCGGUGCCCUUCCCAGCCUGCAGAGAACGCUGGCCUCUGAGUACUGUGGCAUCAUCCAGGCCGUGUGGAGUUGUGACCAGGGCCACACCUAUACCAUGGACACCGACGCCAGCUGCAGGGCCUUCCUGCUGGACAGCACCUUGUCAGUCAAGUGGGCGUGGGACAAGGAGAUGGCUUCCAGCCCCUCUGGGACUGGCUCGCAGGUCUCCCAAGCCAGAGGGACCACCGUUGGGGUUGAGACCAAGACACUGCCCAGCAUGGAAGUGGCCCCUCCUCCUCCAGAUGGCAACCCUUUGGGACCUGGGCCAGGUCCCCCACCUCAGCCAAGCCCACGCCUCAGUGGGGCUCCAGGGCAGUUGGGUGAGAAGCAGGUUCCGUCUCCAACCUCGGAUGAUCGGGUAAAAGACGAGUUCAGUGACCUUUCUGAGGGAGAUUUUCUAAGUGAAGAUGAAAAUAACAAGAGUGAGCACUCUCAGUCCUCAGAUACCCACACCGAGCCUCGCCCGGAGAAGAAGGUUUCCAGUAGGAAGAAUGAAAGCAGAGAAGACACAAAGGCUGAAGAACCAAAAAUCCGCAAGAAGCCUGGGCCGAAACCCGGAUGGAAGAAGCAGCUCCGCUGUGAGAGGGAGGAGCUGCCCACCAUCUACAAGUGUCCUUACCAGGGCUGCACGGCCGUGUACCGCGGGGCUGACGGCAUGAAGAAGCACAUUAAGGAGCACCACGAGGAGGUCCGAGAGAGGCCCUGCCCCCACCCUGGCUGCAACAAAGUGUUCAUGAUAGACCGCUACCUUCAGCGCCACGUCAAGCUGAUCCACACAGAGGUUCGCAACUACAUCUGUGACGAGUGCGGGCAGACCUUCAAGCAGCGCAAGCACCUGCUCGUCCACAAGAUGCGCCACUCGGGCGCCAAGCCUCUUCAGUGUGAAGUGUGUGGGUUCCAGUGCAGACAGCGGGCAUCACUCAAAUACCACAUGACCAAACACAAGGCAGAGACUGAGCUGGACUUUGCCUGUGACCAGUGUGGCCGGCGGUUUGAGAAGGCUCAUAACCUCAACGUGCACAUGUCCAUGGUCCACCCCCUGACCCAGACACAGGGAAAGGCAGAACCUCGUCCUACACCGCCGGACCCCUCUGGGACCAAGGAGGGCCAGACUGUGAAGCCAGAGCCCACCUGAGGACGGAAAGGGGUCUCAGUGGAGCAGCCUGAAGGCGGCAGGAGUGAUGGUGGACUCCGCACGGUACCCCAGGGUGGAUGGCUCAUGCCCCAGAAACCUGUCCUCUGUGUACCCCAUGGCAUUUGCAGUGGGAGACCAGUGUUUGGUUUCCCUUCAAAUACUGUAGUCUCUUGGGCACCAGACUAAAUCAGGUUUGUAAUCCACUUUGUAGUGCAACACUGGCUCCGUCUUGUGCUUGUAAUAAAUUAUGUGCAGAGGA